CGUGGUGUGUGGAUGAAGUGUGAUAUUUCAUGCGUACGUCCUGGACAUGUUGCUCUUUCUGUGUUUUGAAUGAUAGAAGUCGAGAUGACUGGCUGCUAGACUUCUGGGUUUUACAUGCUCUAGGGGAGAAAUGCUUUGGGUUGUAAAUUAGUGCCUUUUGGGCUAAGUGGCCUUUUAUAUUUGAGUUUCCAUGUCUACUUUGGAUUAGUUACAUAGAUAGACUUGGCGCAUGCAGUUCUUGGCUGAUCGGCUGUUUAGUUUAGUUUCAUAACUUCACUUGAAGUUGAACUCACAAAAAGGUGUGAUCAAAUGUUUGGUCAUCACUCUGUCUGUUGUUAUCUCACCUUUACGUGUUUUCAAAUUUCUGGACUGUUUUAUUUUUUGUUUUGGGCCACACUGUCAAACUCUAUCACCCAAUAAAACUUGAGGCUUGUGAUGCAUUCAUGAAUCUGGGCUUCUCAGAAGUUGCAAGCACAAGUUAUCAACUUAUAUUUGACCUUCCCCCUCAAUAAAUGUGCAGGUGUUGAGUUUUCCAGAAGUUUAGUCUUCCUUCCCCACGUUCGUGUGGGGGGUUGGGGAUGAUAUGAAAUGUAUUGCGUGCGUUAUGUGUUGCUAUAGGAAUAUUCUUUUAGUGGUGGUUCAGGUCCAGGACCAGAAGAUAAUGUAGCUGAGUACUAUCAGCAUCAGGUCGAAGUUCUAGAGGGGUUUAACGAAAUGGAUGCCUUAGCAGAGCGUGGGUUUAUUCCUGGAAUGUCAAAGGAGGACCAAGAACAUUUGGCAAGAAGUGAGACGUUUGCCAUAAGAUUAUCCAAUAUAGCAAACAUGGUUCUUUUUGCUGCCAAAGUUUUAGCAUGCAUCAAAAGUGGGUCUCUAGCCAUCAUUGCAUCCACCUUGGAUUCACUUCUCGACUUACUUUCUGGAUUCAUUCUCUGGUUCACUGCAUUUUCCAUGCAAACACCUAACCCAUAUCAGUACCCUAUUGGAAAGAAGCGGAUGCAACCAUUGGGAAUUCUUGUUUUUGCGUCUGUCAUGGCAACUUUGGGACUUCAGAUAAUUUUGGAGUCCGUGCGUGCUCUAAUGUCAGACGAAAGUGAAUUCAAUUUGACUAGAGAGCAAGAGCAAUGGGUUGUGGGAAUAAUGCUUUCAGGCACGCUGGUGAAAUUCCUACUGAUGGUUUAUUGCCGCACCUUCCGUAACGAAAUUGUCAAAGCUUAUGCCCAGGAUCACUUUUUUGAUGUGAUUACUAACGUGAUUGGCCUUAUUGCUGCACUUCUGGCUAAUUAUUUUGAUGAUUGGAUAGACCCUAUUGGUGCUAUUGUUCUUGCUUUGUACACUAUUCGCACGUGGUCGUUGACAGUGUUAGAAAAUGUGAAUUCUUUGGUUGGAAGAUCAGCUGCACCGGAGUAUUUGCAGAAACUCACAUACCUAUGCUGGAACCAUCACAAGGCCAUAAGGCACAUUGAUACAGUCCGGGCUUACACCUUUGGGUCUCAUUACUUUGUUGAGGUUGAUAUUGUACUGCCAUCUGACAUGCCCUUACAAGAAGCACAUGAUAUUGGGGAAUCAUUGCAAGAAAAGCUAGAGCUGUUGCCCGAGAUUGAACGCGCUUUUGUUCAUCUGGAUUACGAGUACUCGCACAAACCUGAGCAUGCUCAAUCUUACUCAUAGCAGCUGAGGUGCAAGUUUUUCUGGCAAGAAGCCACACUUCCAGCGCCGUCUUUUGGAUUAUGGGUAUGGUGCUCCUCAAAGAGGCUCCCAGAUAUAAUGCGGGGUGUAUUAGAAUAUGCAAAUAGUACUUGUGGUUUUCGCUUAGUAAGACUUAGAUCCUGAAUUGUAGAAAUAGAAAUGCUAAAGUUACCAUGUGCAUCUCUGGGUUAAGGGACAAGUAUGUAAAAUUGUAGUGUUUUGCUGAUGCAAAACCUUGUCAACCUGCUAUUAUGAGAGGGUCUUGACACUGAACGGCCUUUGUUAUUUACUUAUGUUCGUGCAGAACAAAUCAAUGCAGAAUAUGGAAAUGGCUUAAA